GAGAGGGAGAGGGAGAGUGAGUAGAGUUGUGUCCCAUAUGUGUAAAAAGCAUAGCAGUGCACACACGGGUCUGGUCCGCUCCAGGGAUUAUCCUUGCGCUUUCAGAUCUGAUGGAGGACAUGCAGACAUGAAUAGGGCUGUUCUGUCGUCAGUGCAACCUCAUGCCAGUGAUGGAAUACAGCUGGACGGACACUAACCUUAGCUGGCAUUCACAAAACAGCAUUCCUCCUUACUGAGACCAGCUCCACAGAAUGCUGAGUCCUAUUGUCCCCUAUAGCCUGUUAAAGAUGCACUGGAACCCAGAGCAUGCCCAGUCCCUCAGCCAGUGGCCUGAGCAGCACCUGGACGUAUCCUCCACCACCUCCUCUCCGGCUCACAAGUCGGAUUUCUACACUGGCCGCAGCCGUGGCUCCUACAACUACGCCUGGGCCAACGAUGACAUCUCAGCCCUCACAGCAUCCAACUUGUUGAAGCGCUACGCUGAGAAGUACGCUGGCGUGCUGGACUCACCAUAUGACCGACCACCCGCUGUAGGCACUUACCCAGAGCCGGGUGCCUUUAGUGGACUAAAUGGCCAGAAGACUGAACUGGAACCUUGGCCACUGACGCACAGCACUGAUGCCUCCUACUCCCUGGUGGCACCUGGAGGCCACGAAAGCCUGUCAGGUUCCAAAGCUGUAGCCACAUCUGCAGGCCCUCCAGGGGUUAGCAGUGUGUCCGUGGUGAACAGUAACCUCUCAGACUCUGGCUAUAGUGGCAGCAGCUCUUGCAGUGGCUCCAGUGAGUACCCCUCUAGCUACAAUGGCACCUAUCUUUCCUCAGGGUACUGUCCUCAGCCCAGUACAGCACUUCCCCCCGCUUCCCUCCACACCCUGCAGUCCACCCCGACGCUGGUGCCCAGCUACAGCCCUACCACCCCUGUCUAUAACUACCCUGCUAGCACAUACCCUCCCCAAACCAGUCUUGCUCCAAGCUACAGCCACCCCUCUGCAACCUACCUGCCCUCUGGUCUGCCAACCCCCACUCCUAUCCCCUCGAGGCCUGCAGUGGUAGGAGGCAGCUAUAGCUACCAGAGCGCCAACCUUGGGACAUCUGAGUCUGGAGGGACAUUAAAAAGAAAAGCUUUUGAGAUGAGUCUAGAAGAGGAUGAGGGUGGGGAUGGCUCUCAUUACAGAAAAUACAGCUAUGACCCUUUGAAGACUGGGGGAAACUCACCCUACAGUGUGAAUGACAAAACAGAGUGUCGAGGAAAUGGCUUCAGCAGUACAGGCAGCACAGACACUCAAACUUUCAAGCCCAGUAAGCCUUCCUCUCAGCCCCUGGUGUCUCCUCAGUAUGGGACAGCAGGGGAAUACAGCCCCCCAGCUGGGCUCACAGGAGAGAACGGAGUAACAGAACAGAGCUUCACACAACAGCAGCACCGCUCCCAGGCCCACAAACGCCCUCCACUGUGCAGUCUGCCUGUUGAGACUCUGAAAAGCCCAGACCCUCGACUGUUGGACCUCGUCAAUGGUGAGUUACUGGACUGCACCCCAGCACUGGGUUGGGGUGAGCUAGCAGGGCUUACCCAUGUGAAAGCCGCCCUUGAGGAAGAUGUGCUGUGGCCUGUGUUGAGGCCUAGUCCGGUGGUGCGGCCACCAAGAACCGUCCUGCUGUUUGGUCCUCGGGGAGGGGGUAAGACCACGAUGACUCGAUCUUUGACUUCACAGCUGGGGGCUUCCCUCUACCGACUGAGUGGAGCCACUUUGGCCUCUAAAGGGAAGGCUGAGGCAGAGCACAUUCUUGGAGCUCUUUUGCAGGUGGCAGCGGCGCGGCAGCCCUCAGUGGUGUUGCUCAGCCAGGUAGAGGCCAUGGAAGAGGAGGGCCUGAGGCAGAUACUGCUGACCACCCUGGAGAAAGCCCAGGUGGGGACCACAGGUUUGGUGAUUCUUGUUUGUGCCACAGGCAGGCCAGACCUUCUGCAAGAUGCAGUCCAUCGGAGCUUUGCCAAGCGUUAUCAUGUGGGCCUGCCAGAUGUGGGAAUGCGGAGGCAGGUGCUGCUGCAGGCGUUGGCACCACAGGGCUGGAGUAUGAGUGAGAGGGAGCUGAACGCCGUGCUGCAGCGCACUGAGGGCUUCACCGUGUGGGAGCUGCUACAGCUCAGCCAGCAGGCGAUCUCAUCAGCAUCAUCCCCCUCUGGGGCCAUUCAUGGUCUGCCCACAUCCUCCAAACCCCCCGCCUUCACAGACUUUGAGAAUGCCUUCUGCAAGGUGCGCCCACACACUACCACAAAAGAACUGGACACUUGUAUAGAGUGGAGCAAGAUGUAUAGCCACUGAGAGCAGCCAGGCACUGUACUUGGACUGCCCUACAACCCUGAUAUGGCAAGCCUUGGGAAUGUUUUGUUGUUGUUUUGUAAUUACCAAUUAUGCAGCCAAAAGAGCCAGAGAAACUCAACAAUGCAGGAGAGCUGAUAUAGUUGUUUUACUGGCAUUAGCAUGCCAUGGUGUGCUAUUUUUGUUUUGCUAUGAAAAAUAUCUGCAAUAUUUUAUUUUUCCCAAAGAAAGAAAGAUUAAUAGGCCUUGUUGAGUCGAGUAGUGUAUUAGAUGUUUGGCCUAUGGGAAAGUCAGAAAGCUAUUUAGAUCCUGAUUAGCCCUGGUCCAGGACAAAAUCAAUUAUUUGUUGCUAGGUGACGUGGUCCAAGAUUAUGGAUAAUCAGGGUUUGGAAAAUCCCCCCUUUUACUGCUACUCUCAGGAUCCUAUUUAUUGCCAGUUCACUUUCCUGUUAUCCUAAUGUUGAUGUACUCAUUGGAUUUUCAAUAAUUGUUCAGUAUGAAGGGCUUUGGAUCUGCAACAUUUCAGCAAAUCACUGUUUUUGACCAAAAACAUGUCAAACCAAAUACAUAGUCAGCAGUGCUGUCUCAAAACAGACUAGUCUCAAAUGACAGUUAAUGAAUCCUUCGUAAUAGCUUCUCACCAAAAUAAAAACCUUUUCUGGAAUCUUAACAUGUGGCUGCCCUUCAUAUGAGUACAGUUAUCUAUAUUCCCCCCGUACGGCAAUAGACUUACUUUGACUAAAGGUACUACACUCAAACAUUAAAAGGUAACAGGUAACGACUUUCUACAUCCAUUUGUUUUCACAUUCCUCAUUUACUGCAGUUUUCCUGAGAAUCCCACUUAGAGAACAAUUAACCACCUGCACCCCCAGCUUCUCCUACAGUGUGUCUGUUUUCUAUAUCAUGUACUCCUUUUGUUUUCUUAGUGUGUAGUCUUGUUUGAAAUGCUCAGGAAGAAUUUCUUUACCUCAGAAAUAUGAAAUAAAGAAUGUAUGUAAUCUUAGGGUCUUAGUAGAGAGUGGCACGGAGCAAGAUAAAGAGCGAGGAGAAACCUGACAGUCUCGUAAUACCCACUGCAGCUGGGCUUUUACCUCGGAGGAGAAACUUGAAUAUGCUACAAAGAGUAACAUUGAAUGUAAUUCAGGUAUUUCAAAGGAUAUUUGAUGCCAUAAAUCCAUGUAUUAUUAUAUAUGAAUAUAUAAAUACAUUUUCUUUUCUGUUCUUUAACCCUUUAUUUUCAUUGUAGUUUAUGGUGGAGUGAUGAUUGUCUUCAAGAAAUGCUAUGUAGAAUACAGAAAAUAUUCCUUUUUUUGUUGGACAAACUGCUUUCAGAUCUAUGUUUCUGUGUGUUUACAUACCCUGUAUAUGCAUGUCUACUGUUUAGAUGAUCACAACAGCUGCAAAAAUAUUAUUUUGAAAUGUAAAUAUAUCAUGCACAAUCACCCAUGUGCACUCACAGUGAAGAUCAGAGCACAAAAAGGACAUCCACGAAGAGACCCUGCUGCAGAAACAUGUCGUUAUUAAUAGCUUUCAGCAAAUCCCAAAUUUCACCUAAUGUGUACAUAUUAUGGAUGAACUCAACAUGCAGACAAUCCAGAGAAAACCCUCCAUUUUAUUUCACCAGUUUUUCUGUUUUAACAAGCUGGAAAAACCUGGUCGCUGGUCUGCAGGUCCAGAGGUUGAACAUAUUUGACUGUUGCCAUGGACCUGAGGACGUAUACACAGAAUGAUGUAAUAUUUCCUACCACCCUUUCCUCCCUCUGUCUCUUUCCCUCCCUCAUCAUUCUUUUUCUCUUUUUUUCCCCUCUCCCCAAUGCAAUCUCAUUAGAUUGGAUUGCCCCCUGGUCACAAGCCCCAGUGGCCAUGUGGCGUUGUAUCCUCUCCCCAACCCCCUUCUCCUUCCCCAGUACCGAUUCCUCCGGAGUGGAAGUGGUCUGAUUGAUGUCCAGCAACCCUAUAUCACAGUGCAGCCUUCCCUCUCCAGCUGGUGGCUUCAGUCAUGCCGUACAGCCAGAUCAAUCAGAGUGACCCCCGUUGUGCAUACUGAUCACUGUCUGAGAAACUGAAAACACAUUUACAAAUUACAGAACAACCUCCGCCUCAAGCGCUACACUCUAGAUAAAUACAAGUGAUUAUUCACGUAUAAUUACACAAAUGAAAUAAUCAUGAUGACUUAGAGGUACAAACAGCGACAACAUUUUGACUCGUUAAUGUUCCUGGUAUCCCCCUACAGUUUGUCCAACAAAACAAGCUUUUAUUUUUUACAUGUUUUGAUCUGUUAUUGCGGUAACUUUGUUCUUGGUUAUUGUACAUUUUCUGUAACCAUUUCUACCUCAUUUUUGCGGCAUAUUGUACAUGAAAGUAUUUAUUUCAUGUCUUUUUUGAUGUCUGUUUUAAAAAUGAUAAUAAUGUUCUUGAACUGUAUUGGUCUACCUCAGAAAAGACUGUAUUUUAAGAGAAGAGUAUCACACAAUAUUAAACAGAAUUUGUCAGUA